UGUAUAACUUAUUUGCGAAACUUAAUAAAUUUAUUCGAACUUCCUUAUAGCAUUCAUAGAAAAAAUAAGCAUUGGUGUAGACUGAUCAUGGUUUUAACUAAAGAAGUAGUUUUGCCAGAAUUUACAACAUUGACCGUGCCAGAGGUAGAUCUUUCUACACCGACGUUGAUGUCUGCAGCGCCGUAUGUCGGCAAGUAUUGCGAGUCAGUCAACAACGAAUUUAUGCUUUGUAGAUUCGAAUCGAAUGACCCACGGGCUUGCAUUGAUCUUGGUAAAAAGGUGACAGCUUGUACAUUGCAAUUGUUUAGAAACAUCAAAAACAAUUGUAAACAAGAGUUCAACCAGUAUUCAUAUUGUGUUGAUAAAAGCUCAGGAAAUUUCUCUUUUGCCAAGUGUCGAAAAACUCAAGCUAUUUUCGACGAGUGCAUGAAAGAAAAGGUGUCUAUCGAAAGACCGGAUUUCGGGUAUUUUUGUCGUGCGAGAGUUCAUAGCAGUUCCAGCGCCCCACCACCACCAGAACCUUGCCCUUGUGAACCCAAAUUUCAAGAUGAAACGGAAUCUUUGCCAGAUUGCAAGCCACGGCCGUCCGCUCGCUUCGGCGGUCGCUACUUCUGGAUCACAGAAUAAUUUUUGUGUAUGAUACUCGGAUACAUUAUAAAUAUCCGUAUCGUUAUUUAAAAUUUCUUAUCUGAAUAUUAUUUUCGCCAAAAUUGUUUUUU